AUGGUGACUUUAUUCGAAAAUCCUCAUGAAUCGCCUUUGGCGAUGUUUUUACUGCAAGUAUUUAUCACAUUGAUUGUGUGUAAAUUUCUUGCUAAAUUAUUAUCGUUUAUUCGUCAACCGCAAGUUAUUGGACAAAUUAUUGCCGGUAUUAUUUUUGGUCCAUCAAUUCUUGGUUAUGCUACGGGUUGGACUGAUGCUAUUUGGCCAGCAUCGACUCUACAAGUUUUUCAAUUAAUAGCCAAUUUGGGUUUAAUCUUUUUUAUGUUUUUUCUUGGACUUGAACUCGAUUUGAAUCAAAUUAAAGCAAAUUGGAAAGUAACUAUACCAGUUGCUUGUGCAAUGGGUAUUGGAUGUUUGGUAGCUUUGUGGUUCUAUCAAUUGAAUGAUGGAAUAGACACAAGUAAAACAGCCUUUAUUCUAUUCAUUGCUUCUGGUUUUGGAUUUUCGGCAUUUCCUGUGUUAGCUACAUUACUAAAUUCAAUGAAUUUACUUAAUGAACCAAUUGGUAUUCAAACAAUAUCUUUAGCUGCGGUAGAAGAUAUUGUUGUUUGGGUAGUUUUAGCUGUAGCUAGUGCUUUUUCAUUGGGUGGUUCAGCUCUUCAAGGUCUUUACACUUUGUUACUUACAUUAGCCUUCAUUUUGAUUAUGGUUUUUAUUAUUCGACCGAUUUUUAAUUUAAUACAUGGUUAUUAUGUACGCCAAGAAAAUGAUUGCAAUGUUUAUAUUGUUGUUGGCUGCUUUUUACUACUUCUUAUUGCAUCAUUUACAACUGAAGUAAUGGGUAUUCAUGCAUUUUUUGGUGCAUUUAUUGCUGGUCUUUGUAUUCCACGAAGAGGUGAAUUAGUCGAAUUUUUAUCUAUACGUAUUGAAUUGAUUAUUGUUGAAUUUUUCUUACCUCUUUACUUUGCUAAUAGUGGUUUAAAAACACGUUUAGAUCUUUUGAAUACAGGUCGAGCAUGGUGGACAUUAAUUAUUCUUCUAGUUUUGGCUUCUGUAGCAAAAAUAGUUCCAGUAACAUUAGCAACAAAAUUAUGCACACGAAAAUCAUGGAAUUAUUGUGCAUCAAUGGGAGUUUUAAUGAAUACUCGUGGUAUAGUUCAAUUAGUUGUUUUAAAUAUUGGGGUACAACUUAAAGUUAUUUCACCUGUAAUUUUUGCAAUGUUUGUUUUAAUGGCAACUAUUUUAACAUUUCUUACGUCACCUAUUUUAUAUCUUCUCUAUCAACGUAAUGCUGCUUCAAAACUUUUAGAUGAUUCGACUACUACAAAUGAUCUUAAUUUGGCAGAACAAGGAGAAACGAAUCUUGAAAAAACUAAACAAGAUAUUGCUACAAUUUCUGCAGGCGAACUUGGAAUAGUAUCACAAGGUGAUAUACCAAAUGAACCAAUGAAAAUAAAUACAAGAACUUCAAGUUCGAAGAGUUGUCAAAUAUCAUUAAGUCAUCGUCAUAGUUCUUCACGAAUUUCGCACGAUGUUGAAGGACGUCGAUCGAUAACACAAGAUAAUGAACCUCCAAGAAGGCCAAGUCGAAUGACUCUAUUUUAA